AUGUCGGAGGACGGCUGGGGUGUGGUGCUGUUCGUCAUGAGCUUGGCGCUCAGCCGUGGAGUGGACAAUGUCAGGGCGGACAUGGACGAGCCCAGCAACAGCCUGAUGGGCAUGCACGGCUACUGCACCCAAGAGCUCGUCAAUAUGAUCAUCUUGGGCGUUGCCAACUCAAACGUCUUCGACGGCAACAAGCACCUGGACGGUGCCACGGUGCUCAAGGGUAUCAGCAGGCGCUGCCGUGUGGGUCUGCUGACGCUGUUCGAAUGGUACAAGUACGUGGAGGUGGGUCCCUCCCUGAAGAACCCCUCGCUGCCCGUGUGGGUCAUUUGCUCGGAAAGCCACUUCACGGUGCUGUUCGCCCAGGACUACAGGCCGCUCCAGAACCAGCUGCCCUUCGACCUGUACUUCUACGACGAGCUGGCCAACCAGGAUCCUCGGGGCGGCUGGACCGCGCGUGUGGGCUCCAGCUUUGGUGACCGCGGCAAGUGCGAGGGGCAGAAUAUCCCGCCGCUUGAAUGCGUCAUCGAGACGCGUUGGCCGGGGGUCAAGGUCAACUGGAAUGGCCACGACCCCAUUCUAUGA